UUCUCUCUGUGAUUCUUUCUCUGUGCUGUGUGUGCAUGUCUGGCUCGGUAUGUCUCUGUUCUUUCUGCCUCGGCUUCGUCUCUCUGAGUAUGUCUCUGCCUUCACAGUUCCUCUUGUUAGGUCUCUCCCUCUCUGUGUCUUUCUCUCUGGUUUUCACGGCCACUGUCUCUUUUUGUUUCUCUGUCUCUGUCUCGCUCAGUUGCCUGUCCUGUCCCUCGUAGCCGCCACCGCCCAGCACAUGGAGGCUCUGGAUCUCGGUCCCUUCCCUCCUAUCUCCUCUCCCCAGACAGCAGGCUCACAAGCUUCCCAGUUCUGGCCUCCCUGCCCGCCCCUCUCAGGCCUGAGGGGAGGGGGGACGAGGGAGGAAGGGAGGGCAGCCUGGUGGGCCCACCCCUUUUUGCCUUUCCAGGCUGGGAGGCUGGGCCAGUGGGCCUUUUAACAGGCCCCGGGGAGGCUGUGCCGGGCAGACACCAGCUCCAGACGUCGAUGCCUGGCCCCUCCGUGGUCUCAGCAGCCACCAGCCCAGCCAGCCCAGCCCAGCAUGCAGCAGCAACAGCCCCUACCCGGGCCCUUGGCCCCUGCGGCCGAGCCGACCAAGCCCCCCUACAGCUACAUAGCUCUGAUCGCCAUGGCCAUCCAGAGCUCCCCGGGUCAGAGGGCCACACUCAGUGGCAUUUACCGCUACAUCAUGGGCCGCUUCGCCUUCUACCGCCACAACCGACCCGGCUGGCAGAAUAGCAUCCGCCACAACCUCUCGCUCAAUGAGUGCUUCGUCAAGGUGCCCCGCGAUGACCGCAAGCCGGGCAAGGGCAGCUACUGGACGCUGGACCCCGACUGCCACGACAUGUUUGAGCACGGCAGUUUCCUGCGCCGACGCCGACGCUUCACCCGGCGAGCAGGUGCCGAGGGAACCAAGGGCCCUGCCAAAGCACGCCGCGGACCCCACCGAGUGGGCAGCCAGGAUCCAGGAGCCCCCGAUGCCUUGACUGGCAGGCAGUGCCCAUUCCCACCAGAGCUGCCAGAGCCCAAGGGCCUAAGCUUUGGGGGUCUGUUAGGGGCCUUGCCAGCUAGCAUGUGCUCUACAACCCCUGAUGCCGGGCCCCGGCCGCCCACGGAGCUCAAAGAGAUGCCCACACCUAAGCCUACAGGCCUGGGGGAGCUCCCUGUGGCCCCCUCGUCUUCCCCCUGCCCAGCAUUUGGCUUUUCUGUGGGCUUCUCUGAGGCCGAGGGUUUUAGCAAGGCCCCCACGCCCAUCUUGACCCCAGAGGCGGGCAUUGGGGGCAGCUACCAGUGCCGGCUGCAGGCACUGAAUUUCUGCAUGGGGACCGAUCCAGGCCUUGAGCACCUCUUGGCCUCAGCAGCCCCCUCUCCGGCACCACCCACCCCUUCAGCCUCACUGCGGGCCCCACUGCCCCUGCCAGCUGACCCCAAGGAACCUUGGGUUGCAGGCAGUUUCCCUGUCCAGGGAGGCUCCAGCUACCCACUGGGGCUGACCCCCUGCCUAUACCGGACACCAGGAAUGUUCUUCUUUGAGUGAAGCCAACCUGGCCUCGGGCAGUCCCUGCGGGGGGCCCCCCGCCAACUACACCCUCCAGGCUGAGCCUGACUCAAGGAUCUGGGGAGCUUUCAAGGGACCCAGGCCUGGCAAGCCAACGAGCGGGACAGGAAGCCAAGAUUGGAGUAGUGAACACUCAGCCAGCCCCCGGGGCCUCCGGACAGACUUGAGGGAGAGGGGAGGCAGGGCCUUCUUGGGAUUUACUCUGUGGCUCUCAGGGCCAAUAAAACCCGUGUGACGGUGA